AUGGAUGUCUUUCGCUCCAACCGGACGAGCGCUCACGAACCUCUCGGUGACGACGACGAACGCCCUGCGAAACGCAUCUCAACGCCUGCCGGUCAGCGCCUCUCCCUUAUCCUCGAGUCGACGAAUGCCCGACGCUCCAAGUCGCCUGCCGCAAAGAAGGGUGCGAAGAUAAACGUCACCACCACGAGCACAUACUGCAAUGACCCAGAACACCAGCACAUUAGCCACGUCCAUCCUGCGCACAGGACGUCGAAGCGAGAAUCGAGUCGGCUGGGCGUCGUGUCUGUGUUAACGGGCGGCAAGCUGAGCACACCAAGAGAGAGCCUAGAGGCCAAGACAACACCCAACGGCAGUGCUUUGAGUGUCAAUGUGUGGAGCGACAAGGACUCGGAGAAGUUUGGCCACGUCCAGCACAGGAAGAGCGGAGGGAUCUUUUCACGAUGGAGUCGGAAGAAGCUGGUGAUUGCUGGCGCGAUGCUGCUUGCACUCAUCAUUGCGCUAGCAGUUGGCCUGGCAUUUGGGCUGAAGAAGAAGUCAUCGGAGAGUGCCCCGCCUUCCUUGACAUCGGGCAGCGCACAGCCCGCAGGCAAUCAUGCAACUCCAACCAGCGGCGGCGGUGAACCCGACAAACCGUCCAAGCCUUCAGACGCAAUCGCAGCUUCCGCCGUCCCAUCCGGCUUCCCCCUCGGCACCUAUUCUCUCAUAACCUUCCUUGAUACUGUGCAAUCCGGCUGCACCGCCAAUAACGCCACGUGGAACUGCCCGCCAUCUACAGAUUACUACUCCGACCCUCAAAAAGCGCUUGCAAUUCUGAACUGGCAGAUCAGCGGCUCACCCGGCUCUUACAAGAUUUCGUCCAAGGGACAGGACCCGACCUUCGGUACCAUGUUCCAGAACGAGAAUUUAGAGCUGUUGGAUGCAGGUAAAGACACGGAACGAUACCGGUUUCAGAUCAGCCGGGCGAAGUCUGUCAGCAUGACAGGUAGUAUUGGCGACCAGAGAGGUGAUUUUGAAUGCGACUAUGGCGCGACGAAUAUCCAGGGCAGCUUGUACACGAAGAUGGCGAGGACGUACCCGAAAGACACAAUCGCCGUGGGCAACACGGGGAACCCAGCUUGGCCUUUCGCUGUACGCGUCGAACAAACCGUAGCCGGCGGCGAGAACGUCCCUUCAUGCAAGAAGAAGUCUGGCGAGCAAGUCGACAGACUGGCAGCCCAGGACGCAGGCACACUGUGCAGUUGUCUGUACAAGAACUGGACCCCAGCGAGGAUCGGUGGUUAG